AGCUCAAGCCAGGAGAUACAUUCGCUCUCUCUUUCUCGUUCACUCUCUACCUUUCGAGAAUCCCAGAUUUCUUCCUCACGAUGAUGCAGCCUGGACCUGGCAUGGCUCCCCCAAACAUGGGUCAGCAACCCACCCAGCAAUACCAGCAGCAGCAACCCUACAUGAUGAUGCCACCGCAGGCUCAGGCACCGCCUAUGUGGGCUCCUUCUGCCCAGCCCCCGCCGCCGCAGCAGGCGGUUGCUCCGCCGCAACCCACCCAACACGUCCAGCCUAGCAGCGCCGAUGAGGUCCGUACCCUUUGGAUCGGUGAUUUGCAGUACUGGAUGGAUGAGAGCUAUCUCUAUACUUGUUUUGCGCAUACCGGUGAGGUGGCUUCUGUGAAAGUCAUUCGGAAUAAGCAAACUAAUGCGUCGGAAGGUUAUGGGUUUAUUGAGUUUUUCACUCGUGCUGCUGCUGAGAGAAUUCUUCAAUCAUAUAAUGGCACAAUUAUGCCUAACGGUGGGCAAAACUUUAGAUUAAAUUGGGCUACUUUUAGUUCGGGCGAUAGGCGUCAUGAUGAUUCUCCAGAUUACACAAUUUUUGUGGGGGACUUGGCUGCCGAUGUCACAGAUUACAUGCUGCAGGAGACAUUUCGGGCCAGAUAUCCCUCAGUUAAGGGCGCAAAAGUGGUAAUUGAUAGGCUCACUGGGCGGACUAAGGGUUAUGGUUUUGUCAAGUUUGGGGAUGAGAAUGAACAGAUACAAGCUAUGAGUGAGAUGCAAGGGGUUCUUUGCUCAACAAGACCCAUGCGAAUUGGACCGGCCACAAACAAAAACCUUGGGGGACAGCAAAAAGCUUCCUAUCAGAAUCCUCAAGGGUCACAGAACGAGAAUGAUCCAAAUAACACAACUAUUUUUGUCGGCAAUUUGGAUCCUAAUGUUACAGAUGAUCAUUUGAGGCAAGUUUUUGGCAAUUAUGGAGAAUUAAUACAUGUGAAGAUUCCAGCAGGCAAGAGAUGUGGAUUUGUCCAAUUUGCUGACAGGAGCUGUGCCGAAGAAGCUCUGCGGAUGCUAAAUGGUACGGUGUUGGGUGGACAAAAUGUCCGUCUUUCAUGGGGCCGCAGUCCUUCGAACAAACAGGCUCAGCCAGAUCCAAGCCAGUAUGGGGGGUAUUACGGGUAUGCUCAAGGGUAUGAGAAUUAUGGAUACCCUCCUGCUGCUACACAGGAUCCCAACAUGUAUGGAAGCUAUCCAGGGUAUGCUAAUUAUCAACCACCACAGCAACAACAGCAAAUGGGGUAUAGCUAAGUAGGAGCCCAGGCCUGCAUUUUCUGCUUCUGUAAUCCUAUUAUACUUAUUGGAGUGUCCCAUCUCUGCUCUCGUACCCUUGCUUUUGCUUCCCUUGAUUGCCUUAUUUGAACCCUAUGUUAUAUCCAUCCUAUAUUUAUCUGUUGCGAGUAUGUUUCCUUUUUUCAUCUUUUCCAGUAAUUGCUAGAGCAUAAAUAUUUGUGAAUUUAUCUCCUUUAUUUAUCGAGUACUUGCUGUUAUAUUUA